AUGUCCCGACUAGACAUCGCCGCUAAAGCCGAACUGGCGCUUGUGCUCCCAAGCCUCGUGCUAGCAAACUACCUCCACAUUACAGGCGUCCUACCGGACCUUGUGCGCUCGUUCCACGCCGACAAGGCCUUGGAUGAUGGGGGGUCUAUCGUUCGACUUGUUUCUGCCGAUGGCAGUGUGGUCUUUAAUGAAGAUGUCUACCCUACUCUCGUAGCCGCUGCUGGUGAGACGAACACUUUAAUUAAAGAGUGGGUGGCCAAGUCCACUACAUUCGCCAGCAAAAACCGCAAAGACGUCGAGGGCCAUCUGACCGCACUUGAGUCACACUUGACGCUCCGGACAUUUAUCGUUGGCCAUACUUUAACGCUCGCCGACCUCGCCGUAUGGUCCACGCUGCGAGCCAACCCCGUGGGCCAAUCCCUGAUACGUAAGACGAGUGGUCAUACGUAUCGAUGGUACAACUUUGUCCCUGCCGCGACGUCCUGGCUGGUGCCGCUCAUUGAGGAGCUCACCGCCCCGGCGGCCAAGGAGCGUGCCGAGGAGCGUGCCGCAGCCUCUGCAGCGGGCGCCAGCUACGACAUUGACCUGCCUGACCUCACGGGCCCCAUCACGACGCGCUUCCCGCCCGAGCCGUCGGGUUACCUGCAUAUUGGCCAUGCCAAGGCGGCGUUGUUGAACGACUACUUCGCGCACAGCCGACCGGGCGGGAAACUGAUCUGCCGUUUCGACGACACGAACCCUUCCAGGGAGUCGAUGGAGUUCCAGGACUCGAUUGUCGAGGACCUGGCCAUGCUGGGCAUCCACGCCGACACAACCAGUUAUUCGAGCGACUACUUCCAGCACAUGCACGACCUGGCCCUCCAGCUGAUCCGUGACGGCAAGGCCUUUGCUGACGACGCGGAGCUCGGCAAGGGCGACGAGGAUCGUAAAAAUCGGUUGCCGUCCAAGCGGCGUGAUCUGAGCAUCGACGAGACCCUGGCGCGCUUUGCUGCCAUGACGGCCGGGACGGACGAGGGCCGCCGCUGGUGCCUGCGCGCCCGCAUCGCCUACGACAGCCCCAACGGCACGUUACGCGACCCUGUCAUCUACCGCUGCAACCAGACGCCGCACCACCGCACCGGCACGUCCUGGCAUGUCUACCCGACGUACGACUUUUGUGCCCCCAUCCUCGACUCUCUCGAGGGCGUCACGCUGGCCCUGCGUACCAACGAGUACCGUGACCGCAACGUGCAGUACACCUGGUUCCAAGACGCCCUCGGACUGCGUCAUGUUCCCAUUUAUGACUUCUCGCGCAUGAACUUUGUGCGCACCGUGCUGUCGAAGCGCAAGCUGACUCAGAUCGUCGCGGACAACAAGGUCUGGGGCUGGGACGAUCCCCGGAUGCCGACGGUGCGCGGCGUGUUGCGGCGGGGCGUGGUGGUGCCGGCACUGCGCGAGUUCGUGCUCAAGCAGGGGCCGAGCCGCAACGUGUUAAACCUCGAGUGGGGCGUAUUUUGGGCGCUCAACAAGAAGCACAUUGACCCGGUGGCGCCGCGGCACACGGCAGUUGUGGCCAAGGACGCUGUGCGCUGCACGGUCCAGGGCCUCGACGAUGCAGCGCUCACGCCCUUGGUGCGUCCCAAGUACAUCAAGAAGCCCGAACUCGGUGACAAGACUGUACUGCUGAGCCGCACCAUCUUCCUCGAGCAGGUCGACGCACAGUCCUUUGCCGCCGGCGAGGAGAUUACGCUGAUGAACUGGGGCAAUGCAAUCGUUCGGGGCAUCGAGAAGGACACGGACGGUCAGACAAUCAAGACGCUCGACGUGGACUUUAACCCCGGCGGUGAUGUGAAGAAGACCAAAAAGAUCACCUGGCUGGCCGACACAGCCGACAACCUCGUCCCGGUUGACCUCGUCUCGUUUGACUAUUUGAUCACCAAGGACAAGCUCGACAAGGACGACAACCUGCGGGACCGCCUCACCGAUGUCACCGAGCGUAGACAGCAGGCGUUUGCCGACUGCAACGUAAAGAGUCUGACCAAGGGCGACAUUGUUCAGUUUGAGCGCAAGGGCUAUUACAAGCUGGACGCGGUUUUCCAGGAGGGCCAGGAGCGGAUGGUGUUCUUUGACAUUCCCGUUCGUUAA